AUGUGUCGCUCAUGGCGCGCGCCGACGUCGAUUCUCGACCAGGAUCUGUACAAGUUCUGCAUGCAGCAGGCGCUGCUCGAGCACUACCCCGACGUCGGGGUCGAGUACGUCUUCAUCAACCGCGAUCCGACAACCAAGCUCAACCAGCAGGCCGUCGACUGGCUGAAAUCGCGCAUCGCCGCCUUUGCCAGCCUGGUGCCGCAGCCCGACGAAAUUGCAUACCUCAAAUCUGCCUGCCCCUACCUGUCAUCGGCGUACCUCGACUUCCUGGACCGCCUUCCGGUGGUAUGCACGCUCAAUUCACACGGCGACCUGGAGAUGAGGAUCACGGGCAAGUGGAGCGAGGUGAUUCUGUACGAGGUGCCGCUGCUGUCGCUGGUGUCUGAGGCGUACUUCAAGUUUGUUGACACCGACUGGUCUUUCGGAACACGUCGGCGCCGCGACUUCCGUACGCAGGACACAGUUAUGGCCGGGCUGGCGCAGGUGCCCAAGGCUCUGCCAGGUAUGGUCACUGGCUCGUCAAACAUGUACCUGGCGCGCAAGUACAAUGUGCCGCCGGUCGGAACCGUCGGGCACGAGUGGACCAUGGGGAUUGCAGGCGCUCGAGGGCACGCGUUUUUCGCCAACUUUGACCGCAGCCUGGCCACCCUGUACAACGGCGUGCGGCACGACUCGGGCGAUCCGUUCAAGUUCAUCGAGUCUGUGCAUGCGCACUACACGUCGCUGGAGAUCGAUCCCAAGACCAAGGUCAUUGUGUUCUCAGACGGACUGGAUCCGGAUGCUGCGAUCAAGAUCAAGACGCACUGCGAAAAAUUUGGCCUCAACUGCAGUUUCGGCAUUGGCACAAACUUCACAAACGACUAUAUGAAGCUCUCGAACCCUGAGCAAAAGAGCAAGGCUGUCAACAUUGUCAUCAAGCUAUUCCGCUGCAACGACAAGUACUGCGUCAAGCUCAGUGACGUCAAGACCAAGCACACAGGCGAUCUGAAGGAGGUCCAGCGGGCACAGUCGGAGCUGUCACUCUCAGGCAUGCUUGAGUAGAUAAAUAUACCUGAUAGUCAUAGAUGUAGACGCAUCUGGCAACCCGUCCAAUGCCACACCCACCGACAUGCUGCCCCACUAUCACAUAUUGGAAGCGUAUAUGUGUGGAGAUUUAAUGAUCUGAAACAUGCCUACUUCCCAUCCCUAAAUUAUCGCCCUCCCCUCAUUCGGGUUCCUGGUAGCUGCACAUAGCCCCCAUUGCCCCUGAAAUUUUCUUUGGUGUGAGGAAGGGAAUCAUUUCAAACAAAUAUUUCGCACUGUUCCCUA